GAGAGCGACGAGGAGGGUUAGGGGGUUACGAGAGCGUGAAGAGGAUCAAAUUUUCCGACCAACAAGGGGGCAUGUAAGAACCCAAAGUAUGUUUUUUCCACGUCGCGGAACAUAAAUAGACAGAGUGCAUCCAGCACGCGUCGCAUCCAUAUGCAAAUGGUGGACCUCGUUGAGUACGUCAUCGGUGACUGCGCAUGCGCGACCGCUAUCGUCGAGCUAACUGGAAUCGUAAUCGUCCCAGCGGGUCGAGCGAGCGACUGGUCGAGCGUGGCGCGAUUUCUCGCCCGAUCGAUGGGUAAAGCGGUUUCGAGACGAAGGAUCGCGUUCGUGGCGCGCAACCAACGUCGUUUUUCACCGGAAAUUGGACGAAGAAGUGACUCCACGCUACUAUCUUGAGGCAGGUGACUGAAUUCCUCAAGAGCGAUAUAAACACAGUGUCGACAGGUGUCGAUGGUGUACGCCGACGUGCCUUCGACUAAGACCCACCAAGAGGAAGAUACAUCGAAAAUGGCGACAGCCAGCGCGAUGUCUCUCCCUCGUCUGGAGAAGAAAACCAUGCCAGCUUACGAUGAUUCGAUCGUCCUUCGCCUUUCGAACGAUUUCGAAGGCAUAAUCGAGCAAAUCGAGAACCUCCGGCUCGCACGUGAUCGCGAAACUGGUAAGCGUUGCGAGUCCAUGGUCGAGCGAACGAGACGCGAAUCGACCGAACUUGAACGAACCAGCGACUGUGGGGCAAAUUUCAGUGGGCCCUUGGUCUCUAGUUCAACCUCGGACGACGAUAGCGGUGCCGACGACAGCGACGAUCACUCCGAGGGUCUCGUCGAGCGUGGGCCAAUUAAAUCGCAGUAUAUCUCGACGCCUCGCGAUCAACCUUACUGGACCAAUGGCGGUUUCGAUCGGUCCCUGAAACUGAAAGAGACUUCCAUUCUCGAUUACGACGUAACUGCUGAGCAGCUACUCCAGGACAAAGACUACAGCGAGAAAUUGAACGCGUGUCUCGAUCAGCUCCAAGACGCUUCGAGGACGGUUUGGAACUCUCUGAACGACAGCAAGAACCGAAACGCCUCAGAGCCAUGCAGCUCGAACACGGAGCUUGCGUUAGGAUCUCCGAUUGUCACGAGCCCGAUCGAACCAAGCGAGGAUACAUUGCUGGAUAUACUCUCACGUGGAGGAUUCCAGGCAGCCCAAAGCUUCUCGGAGAACAAUUUUCUCAAUAUAACUGACACUACGUCGACAUGGCAGAAUUCUCUCAUAAGUGGCAGCAACGCAGCGGCUUCGAGAUCUGAGAGUAGCGGCUCCAGCUGUGCUCGCUCACCUUGUCCAGCCACCUGUGCAGAGUCUCUGCAAAUACCACGAAUGAACCUCCUGUGCAGUCCAAUUGGGCCCCAUCAGGUCGCCGCCACGACGUACAGGCCAUCGCAAAUUUUGUCCUCCUCUUCGAACUCCUCGUCGUCUUUGUCUUCCUUCUCUUCCUCAUCGAAUCAAUCGUAUGGUGACACCCCGAGUCCCACCGACUGCCGAGGCCUGUCCUGUUCGCGGAUCGAAGAGCGGCUGGGCGAAGAUCUCGAGAACUUGUCCUUUUGGAACGAAGCUUGCGAGUCCUUUAGAAAUAACGGGUUAAACGAUUGUGAAAUCGCCGCGCAAAACAGCAUCGGGAACGGUGGCUCGACGGAGAUCGUCGAUACCAUCGACAACAGUGAAUUACAGCUGAUCGAAGAAGUCCUGAGAGGCUUGGGGGAUGACAGACACGAUAAGGAAGAAACCCGACGAAGCGAAUCUUCUUCGGAAUCGGACAACGCCGCGUGUCUGCUUUCGUUUGAGAAUGCACCCGCGUGUCAAGAAUCGUGUCUACGGGAAAAUUCAACUGACGAGCAAUACUUGUCGAAUUGCAAUGGAAACGCUGUCGAGUCGUCGCCCGUUUCGUACACCACCCAAAAGAACAUUCCUUAUAUCCAAGUGGUCCCAGACUACCCCAAGAACGGACAACCGGAAAUAUCUAGAACGGACAGUGGACGCGAUAUCGACUUUGCCGCGUUGUUGCAAUCUUCUUGUCAUUCUUCGUCAACCGCGGACGCUACUGUCAUUCCAAAUGUCAGUGCGCAAUUGUCUCUCUUCGAACGGCAACGGAAAAAAAGCUUCGAACAGUUUAGGUCAACCAAGUGGACGGACACAAGCGACGACUUCCAAAUACCGAAAGUGGUCGCCUGUUUCGAGUCUUCGAGGCCUCAGCGACGACGGAACUCCGAUCGCAACAUAAUGCCCUGGCCAUCGCUCAACUUGCCAUCUGUAAAGGCUAGCGAAAGGUUGAAGGAGGGUUUGAACCCUAAGGAGGUGGAGAGGGCUAUGAGCUGUCUGCUGAAACGGUCGGUGGAGGAACUUGCCAAGCAGGACGAAGACGGAGACACAAUGCUGAUGUGUUUGGUGGGCAAUCCUGACGAACUGGUGGACAAGAAGGCUUACUUGGCGCCACUCGUAGAACGAUUGAGUAUAGCCAAUGGAGCUCUGACUGCUACGAACAAUCGAGGCGAGGACGCCCUUUACUUGGCCGCCUUGAACUGCCCAGAGUAUUCUUACGUCACUGGAUAUCUAGCUGCGACGAUGUUGCAAAAAGGAAUCGACGUCAAUCAACGACUGUAUCACACCCGGGGUGACACACUGAUACACUCGGUUGCAGCACAAGGGGACUCUCACGGUGAAGUCCUCGCAGAGUUGCUGGCUUUAAAAACAGUCCAAGGAAAUGCUGUCUUCGAUUUGUCGAAACGCAACUACGAUGGAAGGACCGCUCUUCACGUGGCAGUCCAAACCCACGACCCUACCAGGGGAAUCGUGUCCGUGGCUACCGUGAGGCUGUUGUUGAAGUACGGUGCCGAUCCCAGAAUCAAGGAGACGAAAUGCGGCGACACUGCGCUGCAUAUGGCCGUGUCCUUAAGCUGCGACCCUGCGCUAGUGAAGAUGUUACUGGCCGCGCACGGUUCCGACCUGGCGAACGCGACCAACUAUAACCUGAACACGGCGCUGCACAUGACUGCAUCUGUUUCGAACAACGUGACUCUGGAGAGACAGAAGGAGGUCUUCUGGCUCUUGACUCAAGCUGGAGGUUACACGAAUCAGCCGAAUCGCCAGGGGAAGACACCAUUGGCCCUCGUCCCGGCGGAAAGGAAAAGCGCGAUACGGAAGAUCUUUUACAAAAGGUCGUGA